AUUUCGUGUGUUUAAAGGCUGCUUCAAGAGUAGAAUAAUGAGAACGCAGAGCGUCCUCUUUGUACUUCUGUUUACCAUAUGCUAUAUGUUGGGAACUAGCCAGUCAGUCUUUUUCGGGGACUUCAAUCUUCAAGGGUUCCUAAAGACUCGAGAACCGAUAUGGACGUUCAACACCACCAGCGUCAGCAAACGGCUUUGUGUAGUAACAAUACCGGAAAAGGAAAGCGAGGAAAGGAUCGCAUACAAAUUUAUGUACUACGAUCAGUCCGCACAUAAAGUUUCCUUGGAAAUGGAGGGUAAAUUUCGAAAGAGUUCUGGCAUGUACGCCGGUCCAAGAGGUAAACCGAAGGUAUAUGUGUACAAAGUUGCUUAUUAUGACAAACUCUUUCAAUGUGCUGUCAUCAAGAUAUCCCCAGUUUCUACCACCUACGGCAAGCCCUGGUAUGAAUUGCAGGUUUGGGACAUGUAUCUUGAGCGCCGCGAACCAUCGAUGAGUUGUCGAGAACAUUUCCACAAGGUCGCACGUCAUGGCCACGCUAUCUACAAUCCUACAUGUCAUAACAUUCUUCCGAAAAUGUCUCCACCAGCACAGAAAGCCCUAAAGAGGCGCAAUUCAUUGCACUAGCUUUCGAGGUUGCUAGAUGGCAAAUACUUUGUACAAGACAUAAAGCACAUAAACAUCUUGUUUA